GCGCGGCAUGGGCGUGGACCUCGGCGGCGCGCUGCAGAAGGGAGAGGAGAAGGUGUUCGAGAAGAAGUUGACCAAGGAAGAGAAGAAGGCGGCGAUGGCCGCCAAGCGCGCCGAGCUCGCCGAGCGAAGAGCGGCACGCAAGGCGGAGAAGGAGGAUGAGCGGGCUAGCGGCGAGCGGUCGAGCGGGCAGCGGGAGGAGGAGGAGGGCGAGGAGGAGGAGGAGGGAGGGUGGAGCGAGCAGGAGCAGGCGGCGCUCGAGGAGGCGAUGCGGGCUCACCCGUCGAGCAUGCCAAAGGAGGAGCGGUGGGAGGCGAUCGCCGCCGCAGUCGGCCGCUCGAGGGCGGACUGCGUGGCGAGGGUCAAGGCGUUGAAGGCCGCGAUCAAGCUCAAGCAGGGUGGCGGCGAGGGCGCGAGCGCGGAUAGAGGCGGCGCCGACGCUGCCGACGCCGACGUCGGUGGCGGCGACAGCGGUGAGGUCGGCGGCGGUGGCGGCGGCGACGGUGGUGGCGGCGAGGGCGGCGAGGGCGGCGAGACGGAGAGCGAAGCGGCGGUGGCGCCUGCCAGGGCGGCUGGCAAGGCCAAGGUGAAGCGAGCGGGCAAGGCAAAGCCUAGCAAGGAGGACAAGGCGGCGGCGGCGGCGGCGAGGAUGGCGGCGCUGUCGCUCAAAGAGGCGGGGGGCGUGCUGUGCGCGUGCGACGACCUGCCCUUCUUCCAGCGCUCGGGCAAGCACGCGACGAAGCGGAAGAACAUGUCGAUGGACAUCCGGAUCGGCGACAUCCGCAUGUGCGCCGGCAAGCAGGAGCUGCUCGACCGCGCGGUGCUCGCCCUCAACUACGGCGCCAACAUCGUCCUCCUCCUCGUGCUAGGCGUCAAGUACGGCCUCGUCGGCCGCAACGGCGUCGGAAAGACGACGCUGCUGCGCCAGCUCUCGGAGGGCCUCAUCCGGCUCCCCUCCUUCCUCAACGUCGUGCACGAGAUCGCAGGCGACGAGCGCAGCGCGAUCGAGACCAUCGCGGACGGGGAGAGGGAGUGGCUGCUCAAGGCGCUGCUCGACGGCGACGACUCGCUCGAGGCCGAGCUGGGCAUCUCCCUCAACGAAGUCUACGAGCGGCUCGAAGAGGCGCUCUUCCUCAAGCCCGACCUGCUGCUGCUGGACGAGCCGACCAACCACCUCGACAUUCACGCGCUCACAUGGCUGGAGUUCUUCCUCGCCAACUGGGAGCGCACCGUCCUCAUCGUGUCGCACGACCGCGGCUUCCUCAACAAGACCACGACCGCCACCAUGUUCAUCCACGGCAAGCGGCUGCGCUACUACGGCGGCAACUACGACACUUUCCUGCGCGUGCGCGCGGAGAACCGGGCCCACUCGUCGGCGAUGGCGAAGCAGAACGAGCGGCGCGUCGCGCACCUCAAGGGCUUCAUCGCGCGCUUUGGCCACGGCGCGCCGCGCCGACGGCUCGCCUUCGCCGACGAGGAGGAGCGGCACGCCAAGCUGGUGGUCGCCAAGUUCACGCAGCACCACAUCGAGAUGAUGGACCCCGAGAAGAGCUCGGUCAACCACAUGCGCUCGCUCACGCAGGAGGGUGUCUCGGCGCGAAAGUAUCUCGGCCGCUUCGGCCUCUCCGGCGACCUCGCGCUCAACCCAAUCAAGUACCUCUCGGGCGGCCAAAAGUCGCGCCUCGCGUUUGCCGAGCUGGCCUGGCGCUCGCCGCACAUCCUGCUGCUCGACGAGCCGACCAACCACCUCGACCUUGAGACGAUUGAGGCGCUCGCAAUGGCGCUCAACCAGUUCGACGGCGGCGGCGUCUUUGUCUCGCACAAGUCCAGGACACGCGGCGUCGUCUUCGUCUCGCACGACGAGCGCCUGAUCGAGAUGGUCGCCGACGAGCUGUGGGUGGUGAACAAGGGCGCGAACGGCGAGCCCGGCUCGGUGGCGGUGUGGCACUCUUCGUACGAGGACUACAAGGAGCGGCUGCAGCAGGAGUUUGUCAGCGCCGGGUUGGUGUCGGGAGGUACCGUGAGGGGAGUCAACGCAUGA